AUGGAGUUUCUGGAAUGUAGCCGGCCAUGUCAGGACUCCUGCUCCAACCCACAGGCCAGUCAGACCUGUGACAACCAUUGCCACGAUGGCUGCAGCUGCCCUGCAGGAAUGGUGUUUGACGACAUUGGUAACACAGGAUGUGUCACAGCUGAUCAGUGCCCAUGUCUCCAUGGCAACCAGAUCUACCAGUCAGGAGAGUCCUACUCAUUCAACUGUAGAUCCUGUGUUUGUGAGAGAGGCCACUGGACGUGUACGGAGGAAAACUGCUCGGGAACCUGUUCGGUGGAGGGAGGAGCUCACGUUACCACCUUUGAUGGGAAAAGCUACACCUUCCACGGAGACUGCUCCUAUGUUCUGGCUAAGCAGAGUGAUGGCUCCCUGUACACUGUGUUGGUGGACCUGGUCAAAUGUGGUCUGACAGACAGCAGGACGUGUCUCAGAGCUGUUACUUUGGCCCUGGGCAGUAAUGCCGUGGUCAUCAAAAUUCAAGCAUCUGGGCAAGUCUAUGUCAACAAUAUUCUUUCUCAGCUUCCAUUGUUUACAUCUGAGCUGAGCGCCUUUUGGCCAUCCUCCUUUUAUGUUGUAAUCAGCACCAAAGUGGGAAUCCAAGUGAUGGUCCAGCUCUCUCCUGUGAUGCAAGUCUUCGUUUCAGCUGAUGUGUCACUCAAAGGAGCCACAUCCGGGUUAUGUGGGAACUUCAAUAACAUAAUGAGUGAUGACUUCCGGGUCAUCAGUGGACUUGUGGAGGGAACCGCUGCAGCAUUUGCCAACACAUGGAAAACCAGAGUCAGCUGUCCUGACAUCGUGCCACGCUUUGGAGAUCCUUGCAGCCAGGACAUUAGCAGAGAGAACUAUGCACAGUACUGGUGUUCCAAAUUGACUGAUCCACUGGGAGUGUUUGCCCCUUGCCACUCUGUUGUCAGCCCCAGCUCAUACAAAGACAACUGCAUGUACGACGGCUGUAACUGUGAAAAAAGCGAGGACUGCAUGUGUGCUGCGGUCUCCUCAUAUGUCUACGCCUGCUCAGCAGCAGGAGUCCACAUCAGUGGCUGGAGGGAAACCACCUGCGGAAAAUUUAGCGAAUCAUGUCCGUCAGAAACAGUUUAUGAGUACAACAUGACCUCCUGUGGUCGGACGUGUCGUUCCCUCAGCCAGGCUGAUUACUCCUGCCAGGUCAACUUCACUUCCGUGGACGGCUGCGGCUGUGCUGAGGGAACCUACAUGAAUGAAGGGGGACAGUGUGUGUCCAGUGCGAGCUGCCCCUGCUACGAUAAGGACACCUUUAUUCCUGCUGGACAGGCCAUCAUCAAAGAUGGAGUAACAUGUGUCUGCAGACAUGGGGCCCUCAGCUGCUCAGGAGGAGCCAGACUACAAACCUCCACAUCAUGUGUCGCCCCCAUGAUUUAUUUUGAUUGCUCCACUGCUCAGCCUGGCACCACUGGAGCCGAGUGUCAGAGGAGCUGCAGCACGGUAGACAUGCCUUGUAUCAGUACAGGCUGUACAUCUGGAUGUGUGUGCCCAGAAGGCCUGCUGUCAGACGGAGCAGGAGGCUGCAUCAAUGAGACAAGCUGUCCAUGUGUCCACAAUGGACACGUCUACCAGCCAGGACAGACUCUCACAGUGGACUGUAACACCUGCUCAUGCAGCGGACGAACGUUCACUUGUACCAACAAUGUUUGCAAUGCAGUUUGUGGGAUCUAUGGAGAUGGUCAUUAUAUUACGUUUGAUGAGAAAAGGUUUGACUUCAGUGGAGAAUGCGAAUACACACUCCUACAGGAUUAUUGCAGCCCUGGUCAGGGAAACAGAAGCUUCAGUAUUAUCACUGAGAAUGUUCCAUGUGGAACCACUGGGACCACCUGCUCCAAGACCAUUAAGAUCUUCCUGGAGGAUAAUGAAUUCCAUCUUAAGGAUGACAGUUUUCAGGUGAUAAAAGGAAACAUCAAUGUUCUCCCUGCUUCUGUACAAAAAAUGGGUAUUUACCUGGUGGUGACCAUCCAAUCAGGGCUGGUAGUCAUGUGGGACCAGAAAACCAGCUUUUUCAUUUCUCUCAGUCCACAGUUCCAGGGUGAAGUGUGUGGCCUUUGUGGGAACUACGAUGGCAAUAGUAAAAAUGAUUUUACCACACGCUCUCAAGAGACUGUGACAGAUGUUUUAGAGUUUGGGAACAGCUGGAAAGUGUCAUCUAGCUGCUCUAACGCCCAGCUUCUCAGUGAUCCCUGUGCCUCCAACCGCUACCGGGCAGCCUGGUCUCAGAAGCAGUGCAGCAUCAUUACCAGCGCCACCUUCCACAGCUGUCAUGCAAAAGUCGAUCCUGGCCCAUACUAUGAUUCUUGUGUGAGAGACUCCUGUGCUUGUGACACUGGAGGUGACUGUGAGUGUUUCUGCACCGCUGUGGCUGCGUAUGCCAAAGCUUGCAGCACAGCUGGAGCCUGCAUCAGCUGGAGAACUCCAAAGUUGUGCCCUAUUUUCUGUGACUACUAUAACUCCCCUGGUGGCUGUGAAUGGCAUUACAAGCCUUGUGGAGCUGACUGCAUGAAGACAUGUAGGAAUCCCUCAGGAAACUGUACCAAACUCAUCACUCACAUGGAAGGUUGCUAUCCACAGUGUUCUAACACCAAGCCAUUCUUUGAUGAAGACACAAUGAAAUGUGUGAACUGGGACCAGUGUGGAUGCUAUGAUGACAAAGGCAUCCAUUACAGCACAGGCGAGAAGGUUCCAUCCAACAGCUGUUACACUUGCUCCUGUACAUUAUCUGGGAUAAUAUGCAUCUACAGUGUUGAUUCAUGUACAUGCACAAUUAAUGGAAAAACUUUCAGCUACGGUGCCACAAUAUACAACACUUCGGAUGGUCUGGGAAACUGCAUUACAGCUGAAUGUGGCGCUAAUGGAACUAUAUCAAGAAGCAUGUACAUAUGCAUGAAUACUACAACCGUUGGGCCUACAACAACUCCAUUUACAUUUAGCACAGCUUUAAGAUCUACGUUAACAAUAAACAUCACAUCAAGAACAAAAGAAACAACUAAGCUGAAAGAUGAAACUACACCACAAAUAACAUAUGCCACAACAACAAUAAUGACAGCUAGGCAAAAAACAACUCUUGUUACAUCGAAACCCUCUGUUGUUACUAAAACCACAACAACUUCCAGAACCACCGGAGCAAUUACAACAAAAGCUUCUAAAGCAUCUACAACCCAAGCUCUCUCAACAAAUGUAACUACAAGAAAGGCUGUUGAAGAACUUGUUGAAUCCACAACUUCAGUACCAGGAAUCAUGUCAACAAGCCAAGAAACAACACUUGUUAUGUCAAAACCCUCUGUUGUUACCAAAACCACAAGAACAACUUCCAGAACCGCUGGAGCAAUUACAACAAAAUCUUCUGAAGCAUCUACAACCCAUCUUCACUCAACGAAUGUAGGUACAAAAAAACCUGUUGAAGCAACCUCUGAUCAAUUAACAUUCUCCACCACAGCAAAUGUUGAAACCACAAUUUCAGUGACAGAGGCAGCAAGCAGAAGGAGUGAAACUACAACUGAAUCAUCAAAGCCAUCUCUUCUUACAACCACUACAGAAGGCCCUAUAACAUCCACCCAGAGAGCCACAACUGAAUCUCUGGAAACUACGCUCUCAGAAACAACAACAGUGAAGAUUGGAAAAACAACCCCCUCGGAUGUUGGCACAACAGGUCCAGUGACUGGCUCCAUAACAGAAGUUGCUGAAUCCACA